AUGGCUGAGACGGAGCUGGACUCAUCUAGCUUCUCCAGGAGGAUCACGCCAUGGAGGAGUGGCCCACCUGGAGUCCACGUGACACGGAGCAGCGAGCUCAACGUGCUCGAUUUGGAGAAUGCUCAAUUGGUCGAGAAGCUCAAGAGAGAAGAGAAGAUGAAAGACUCUGCAUUGCAAGCUUGCCUGCUUGCCCGGCAGGCAAAGCAGGCGGCAGAGGAGGAGGCAUCGAGGCUUGCAUCCCGACUUCAGGAUGCGGAGAGGACGAGGCUCAAGGACACAACUGCGGAAGCACGUGGGCUGCAGGAAGAGAUUCUCAGGCUGAGAGCAGCUUUGCAUGACGCGGAAAAUUCCGUCGUUCAAGUGUCAGAGGACCUGAGGAAAGCCCAGGAGGCAGGGAAAGAGAUAAAGAACAAGUUUUUGGAUCAGUUCGAUGAGCUCCAGCAGGAAUGCACAAGGAUCCUUGUCGAGAGCCACGGCAGAGAGAGAAUCGACGGACUUCUGGUUGAGAACGAAGCCCUGCGGUUGGCGGCUUCCAAGUUUGCAGAUGCAGAUUCCAAGCUCCUCGCUCAACUCGAGUCUGCAGAGAGUCGAUGCAUGAUGCUUGAGGCAAUGCAGAUAGUGCAGGAGAUCAACAACAGCAUUCCAUCGCCAAGAGAGAGGAAAGACGUCGUCAAGGCAACUCUAGACAGCGUGAAAAAAGCCAAAGGCAAGGCGACUUAUCUGCUACCGCUGCUGACGUCCAUGGAAGAAGUCUGCAAGGCUGACGCGUCAGUGCAAUGUGACCUCAGCGUCGAAACACGCCAGAAGGAAAUUGACGAACUGCGUCAGAUGGUGAAGAAAGCUCAGGCUGAGCGAGACGAUGCUACAUGGGAGAUCGAGCGGCUGGUCCAAGACAAAAAGAACAUCUCCCGUUCGUUCGAGACUCAAAUCCGGGAGCUGAGGAGGAGCCUGCAGCAGAGCGCCAACGAUCAUGGUGGGUUCAUCAUGAGCAAGGGAUGCCUGCUCAUGUCGUGCGUGCGGCUGGAGGCAGAGAACCAAGAUCUCCGGCUCUCGCUUGCCGACGAGAGCAAGAAGAACGCCAACGUCCAGUUGAAGAAGGAGCUGAAAGCAGCAGAGAAGCAGCUGCAGGGAGCACGUGCAGAGAUCGAGCAGCUGAAGGCGAAGGCGAAUAAAGCAACCUCUCUCAAUCACAAGCUUCUUCCUCACCUUAUCGUGCUAAUGGCAGAGGAGGUGAAGAACGGGAAACCUUUGGAUGUGCUGCACAAGAGCGAUUAUCUGAAGUGA